AUCAUGUUUAUAUUAUUUAUCGAUCCACCCUAAUGUCGCUUUGAAAUGGCCGACGUUUAGGGGGAGUGUCUAGCGGAAAUCAAAUUUCUGAGUAAUUUUUACCUGAUAAGGCUAAGACAUCUCCACAUACAUUCCAAAUUGAAAAGACUGAGAAACUUUUUUUAAAAAGUGGAUAACCAUGGCUUGGCGUUUCAAAGCCUCAAAGUAUAAAAAUGCGGCACCAAUUGUGCCCAAGCCGGAGGCAUGUAUUAGAGACAUCUGUGUUGGAUCAUAUCAGACUUAUGGGAAUAAUAUUUGUGCAUCUGCAGCCUUCAUGGCAUUUAAUUGGGAGCAUGUUGGGUCAAGCAUGGCAGUCUUGCCUCUGGACGACUGUGGCAGGAAGAGUAAGACAAUGCCUUUGCUUCAUGCACACUCAGACACCAUAACUGAUAUGGAGUUCUCACCAUUCCAUGAUGGAUUGCUUCUUACUGGAUCACAGGAUUCAUUGGUAAAAAUCUGGCACAUUCCGCCGGAAGGCCUGAAGGAGUCGCUGUCGACGCCCGAGUGCACGCUGUCGCAGAAGCAGCGCCGCGUCGAGAACGUCGGCUUCCAUCCCGUGGCCGACGGGCUCAUACACGUCGCGUCCGGCCACGAGCUCGCGCUCUGGGACCUCACCAAGCAGAAGGAGGCAUUUGUGAACAGAGAUCACUCUGAGGUAAUACAAUCGACAUCUUGGAAGAAGGACGGCAAGCUGCUAGCCACGUCAUGCAAGGACAAGAAGGUCCGCAUCAUAGAUCCGAGGGCGGCCAGCGCGGUGGUGGACGUCGCCAACAGCCAUCAGAACAUCAAGGAUAGCAGGAUCGUGUGGCUCGGAGACCAGGACAGAAUACUUACUACUGGUUUCGACUCAGCCCGUCUACGUCAGAUAAUGAUCCGGGACAUCCGCAACUUAUCUCAGACUCAGAAGACGUUGGAACUGGACUGCUCCACCGGGAUCCUGAUGCCGCUGUUCGAUCCCGACACCAACAUGCUGUUCCUGGCCGGGAAGGGCGACACCACCAUCCUGUAUAUGGAGCUCACUGAUAGAGAACCGUACCUCAUUGAAGGGUUGAGGCAUUCCGGUGAACAAACAAAAGGUGCCUGUUUAGUACCGAAGCGAGCUCUGCGCGUGAUGGAGGGAGAAGUCAACAGAGUGCUGCAGCUGGCCGGCUCGUCCGUCGUGCCCAUCAUGUAUCAAGUGCCGAGGAAGAGUUACCGGGACUACCACGCGGAUCUGUACCCGGACACGAGCGGGUCCGUGACUUACCUUAGCGCUCCGAUGUGGCUCGACAACCAGGACCAUCCCGUACCCAACAUCUCUCUACAUCCAGAUGCCAACAAUGGGACACAGAUCCACCGAGGUAAUUUGGAAGAUAUGGUGAAUGCUAUACUAGCAAUGCCGCCUCUCAAAAAAACGGAUACAAAGAAACCAAUUGUCACACAAAUUGAAGAGCCUGUAAAAGCAGUAGUUAAGCCACAAGUAACGCAGGAACCGAAAGACGAAGACCGAAUCGAUUUCGUUAACGUAAAAGACCUGAUCAAAGGCAUGGAGAAACAGAAAAGCAACAAAGUGGACUACCAGAAGGAAACCAACGGCUUUCAUAAGAAGAUCAUUGAUAACGGUCAUGACGAGAAGAAGCCCGACUUCGAAGAGAAGAUUGAACCUGACGUCAUUCCGCAAAAGAAUGAGAAGGUGGAGAAGACCGAAAAGACCGAGAAGACCGAAAAGACCGAAAAGACCGAUCAUGUAAUAGAAAAAACGGACAGUACGGAAUCUUCUGAGUCUUCUCUAUCAAGGAGUAACAGCUUGAUCAAUGGCGUGCCAGUCCAGGUGCCCAAACCCAUGCCUAGAUCUUCGAUCUCCGAGCCAGGGUCGGUGGAUGACCAGUCAGAGGCUCCCAAACCCAAGCCCAGGACUACAACGGUACCGGGAUCCGGUUAUAAGCCUCGUCUUGGGCCGAAGCCGUUCUCUGCAGCCACUGGUAACGAGGAUUUCUCCUUUGAUAAGGUCUUCUCCGUACCGGUCGUGCCAGGAUUGCCGAAGUCGGAAUCAGCAUCAUCACCAGUGGGCCAAGCCACCAGUCCCACGGCCACCUCCACGCCGACAAUCAAAGAUGGCGUCGACGAAAAAGACAAGUCGCUCUCACCGACCAGUGACGUCGAAAUCGCUCCUAAUAAAGAAGAAUACACGAACGGUAAGUCGGACACGAGUUUGGAAGAGGAGAUGAACUCGUCGGACUCUGGGUACCGGCCCAAGACGCCGAGCACCGCGGAGCGCAGGAAGAUGUUCGAAAAUACCGACGGCGCGCAGUCGAUCGCGGACCGGCGCCGCGCGUACGAGUCGCGCUCCGUCAGCGUCGCCGUCGAGUCCGACACACCGCCCUCGCCGGCCCCGCUCAGACGUCGGGACUCGCUCAAGUCUCGCAAGAGUCCGGAGCGUGAAGACAAACGCUCAUCUGUGCCGAACGUCACCACUAAGAGGACGUCUACAGUGUUUGGUAAAGUAUCCAAGUUCCGUCAUCUGAAGGGAACUCCCGGUCACAAAUCGACUCAGGUGGAAAACAUCAAGAAUAUCAGCAGACAGAUAUCCGGCGAAUGCAAUGGCUUCUAUGCUAACGGCUACCGCUGCGCCGUGCCCCUGAGCGGCGGCGGCGGGCGCGUGGGCAUCGUGGAGCUGCCGGUGGGCGCCACGGCCUGCGCGCGCGCGCCCGCCACGCACCCCGGCAGCGCGCGCGCGCCCGCGCUGCUGCACCCCGCGCCGCUCACCGACUGGGCCUGGGACCCCUUCCGCCCCGAGCGCCUCAUGGUGGCCUGCGAUGAUGGCGCUGUGCGAGAGUGGAUCAUACCUGAAGACGGUUUACAAGAAUCAACAAACGAGCCGGCCCGUACAUUCAACGCUCAUCCGGACAAGAUCUACUUAAUUCGCUUUCACCCGACCGCGUCGGACCUGCUCACCACCGCGGCCCACGACCUCAGCGUGAAGAUCUGGGACCUCAGCGCUGAGAGCCCGGUGGCCGCCAUCACGCUCACGGGACACACCGAUCAGAUAUUCGCUUUGGAUUGGUCGCCGUGCGGGGAGUAUCUUGCUACUGUUUGCAAGGAUGGACUUAUAAGGGUGUACAAGCCGCGCGGGUCCUGCUCCCCGACGGCGAGCGGGCCGGGCCCGGCCGGCAGCCGCGGCGCGCGCCUCGUGUGGGCGCUCAACGGGACACACCUCGUCGUCACCGGCUUCGACAAGGUAUCGGAGCGUCAGAUCCUGCUGUACAAGGUGUCGGACCUGUCGGGCCCGGUGUGCACGGUGGGGCUGGACGUGUCGCCCGCCAUCCUGCAGACACACCUCGACCACGACUCCGGCACGCUCUUCCUCACCGGGCGGGGUGACUCAACGAUCUACUGCUACGAGGUGACUAGCGAAGCGCCUCAUCUGUGCGCACUCUCUCAUCAUCGCUCUCCCACGCUGCACCAGGGCAUCGCUUACCUACAGAAGAAUCUAGUCGCUGUCGAGAAGGUGGAAUUCGCGCGAGCUCUGCGACUUACCAACGGCACAAUCGAGCCACUUUCAUUCACAGUUCCCAGAAUAAAGAGCGAGCUGUUCCAAGACGACCUGUUCCCGCCCACGCUGGUGACGUGGUCCCCGUGGCAGAGCGGCGGCGCGUGGCUGCGCGGAGACAGCGUGCCGCCCGCGCUCGCCAGCCUGCAGCCGCCCGGCAUGGAGCCGCUGUCUGCGCACACGGCGGCCUCGCCCGUGACCCGCGAGGCUCGCGACAAGCCCCAGUCCAAGCCGAAGCCCGACCUCAUCAAGUCGCACGUGCCGCAAGACCCCAAGGCCAAGGAGGAGAGUAUAAUGAAGUCUAUAAGCGCCAAAGUGCAGAUGAACCUGAAACUGGAACAAGACAGCAUGGAGGGUGUGGACGAAUCCGAAUGGGAUCAGUGAGACUAAAUCAAGUGCAAUUCAGUAACUAGCUUGUAGUGUUAUUUAGAGGCUCCCAUACUCGGCCGUGUUAUACGGGCUGUACUGACCGCGGCGCUGGUGAUACGGAUAAAGAUGGACUGACUUUCAAGAGUCAACUUGUAGUAUAAAGAAUUAAUCUCUUUUUGGCGCAGUCGGGUAAAAGUUGAUUGUUCCUGACACUGUUUCUGAAGAACGACGCUUAUUGAGCUCAUGAUUAAAAGGUCCGUUGGAUUCUGAAAUUUAUUUCCACUUCUGACUUGUCAGAUUAAAUAUUUGACUGUAAUUUUUAUGUGAUUAUUGCGGCUGAUUUUCUGUCGCAUUUAACUUAGUUUACUACCAAUUUAGGUAAUAUUAAGAAGUAUAAAAACAAUGCAAUUUAAACAAAUUUAGGUUACUAUUUGUAACUGCCAAACUUAAUUUAAUUUAUUGUACAUUAAUUCGAUUCAUCUUCUUCUAAAACCCUGUCUUUAUACGUAUCAGCAGAAUUGACAGUACCCCGAGUGUAAGACGUAUACGUACAGUCAGCAAACAAACAAAAACAAUCAAAAAUAUAACUACUUUAUAAACAUUUUAUUUACACAUUAAAUAAAAGAUGUUUUUUAAUGUGUAAAGUAGUUUGUUCUAGAUUUUUUUUGCUGUCUGUACGUUUACAUGACACCAUUCAUAAAUUAUAAUCGUGAAGGUUGUACACAAACUUGCAUUUAGGUGUAGCCACUAUCGCAAAAACGUAACUUUUUAUACCUUACAGUAAAACUUGGGAAUUCUGAGUAUUUUCUAGAAAUAUUUCCCGUCGAUCCAGUUUUUACAUUUUAAUCUUAGAUAUCAAAUAGUCGUGGUAAUGUAGUAUACUAGAGUAACGUCGACACAUAAGUCCAAUAAUGUGUACUGAAUGUAGUUGUAAGUUCAUCUCGGAGUCAUGUACGGAUUGGAAAUAACUAUCGUUUACAAUUUUAUAUAAUUGAACGAGUUUCCAAAUUAUCAGUCGUAACGAGCUACAGUAUUGUUUAAAACUUGUCAUUAAUAGGCUCUACGCGGCCGGAGUUAAUUAGACAUGAAGGGUUAGAAUAAAUAAGAUACAAAACAGGACAAAAAUCUAGUCUUAAAAUAAAAUCCUACUAGUAUUGAUAGGCAUCGUAUCUGGAAUAUAAAAUUUCAACAUUCAAGGACAAUGAAUAAUAAAAAUUAACUGAAAUACGAAGUUAUUUCCAAUAUGUACUAAACAUUUAAAUUAUUAACGAAUCUAAUGUUCACGGCCAGUCACCCUUUCAUCGCCGCACCGCUAAUCAUUUGCUGUCAAAUAAAUGUGAUCUCAUCAAUGUUCGACCAAACUGUACCAAUCAUGCUCAUAUAAUGCUCACUGUAUCGCGUUUAUAUACACUACUUGUUUUAGUAAAAACUUCUAAAUAAAUCCAUAGUCAUCGACUAAAGUACUACCAACGAGACGACAGAAUAUUACAGGCAACUGAACCUCUACCAAGUAACUUUACGUUAUCGAACAACAAUAUGUUACGUGUAUGACCGCUAUCGUUAAAUGGCUGUCGUUAUGCGUUUCGUGUAACAGGAAACUUCCCUUAUGUUGACAUGUGAGUUGAAAAGUUUUGUAAUUGUAAUUCUGACGGUAUUUUAGUCAAGUUGGUUAUAAAAUUAAUUUAUAGUGAAGUUAGAACGUCGCCGUUGGUUUCUAAAAAAGUUUUAAGUAUUUCGGUAGAUAUUUUUAAUGUAUCUAAUGAAUAACCUACCGGGAAGUAUUUAUAUUAUGUAUAAAUAAUACACGGUAAUGUGUAAUAAAUCGUAUUCGAUUCUCGAUACGAUUGAAGUUUUUACUAAACAAAUAGGUGUCCGCGCAACAUUCCUACAUUUUGCCAUAAAAUGCAUUUAUUUAUAUCGCGUAAACUUUAUAUAUGAAUUAACGAGAAAUAUUAAAUAUACGUAUGAUUUGUAUCUCAUAGGUACUUGUAUGUAAGGAUGUGUAGGGUAUUCAUACUUAUUAGGGAAUUGACAUUUUAUAAUGUAACCGAUAUUAUUCUAUAGUCACCAAUAUUGAUAGAAAUUUUACUGACUUGUGGUCAUUGCAAUUGCUCAACCUUAUCAAAACUACCCUUUCUACCCCCAUACAAAUAUAAUAAAGACUUUUAUAACACGAUUUUUGAUAUACCUACAAAAUAAAUUUUUAUACCUACUGUUCAUGAACAAAUUUAGAAUAUAAUACUUUUAUAACGUUUGCAAUGAUUAUCAAGUUGGUGUGCUUAUGCCUCGAAGUUGGGAUGCAAAAUUAAAUUAAUGUCUUUUUGUUCAAACGUUGGUCCAAUAUAUUUUAUUUGUGCUUUGGGUAACUUGCCCAAACCAUGUCUAGCUAGGAAUAGAGUAAACUAUUUUCUCUAAAAAAAUCUAAACAUCAAGGUUUGAACUAAAAAGUGAAAUCCAUAGAAUUUUAAAAGUAACAACUUGUGAUCUACAAAAGGACCUACCAAAUAUAACAAUAACUAGUAGAAAUUGUAUUAACGUACUGGAUAGCUCUAUAUUUGUCCAGCAAAAACCCAUUACUAAAAUUAUGCCCAAUUGAAAUAAAUACGAAUUAAUGGAUGCCAAAUAGUACCCAACUUCGAUGCAUAGCUAUUCUUAGUCUUUGUAAAUUAAAUAAAGAAAUCUGUAACGAAGGUAAGCGCGACUUAGUACCGCUAGUUGAUGCCAUAAAUACAUCACGUUUUGCUCAAGACGCCAAAGACUAUGUUUUUCUUGUCAAUGUGUUGAAAUUGUAUAAGUUUAUGUUUUUUUUUUCAGUUUGAUUACUAUCCGGGACGUGGGAAACUUGUUUAGUUAGCCCAUACGGCUGCACAGGUAUGUACCAGAGAUGUUAUGGAUACGCAAUAUCGGUUCCGGAUAUGGUUACGAAUUUUAAAUUUAUUAGGAAUUUUAAAAGUAAUAGCAUAGAGACAUUUUUUAUGUGAAAUGUCCAUCCUAAACAGGCUGAUUAAGUCCUAAAUAAUUCGACUUGUUCUAGUUUCGGAUACGGAUAGGUUUUAAUUUCGGAUAUCCGGAAGUUUCGGUUACGGUUCUCCUUAACAUCCCUGGUAUGUACAAGCCAUUUAAGAUUGCAUGCCUAUAGUGGCUUGGAUGCUGAAACGUCAAGCAUCAGAGAUUGUAGUCUUAAUUACGAACGGGCUCAGUCAAUAUCAUCAUAAGUCAAAUGUAUUUAUUUAAAGUCAAUGAAAUGUGAUUGUUGAAUAACCUGCAAGGUAAAACCACGUCUCGAACCUAUUUUCUGUAUUAUUGCGAAACUGUCUUUUGUUACAACUGACAGGACUAGAUAGCUAGAGUUUGUACCUAGUAUUAAAAUGGAAUCUCAUUAUGAAAUUAUGUAUUAAAAUUCCCAUGUAAAAUUAAAAUCGUGAAUUAAAGGUUGAAGCGCAUCAAUAGUGUCACAACGAGGUAAAGUAUGAACAAGACGGAAGGCGGGAGUGUAAGCUUUCUUAUUUUACUUAAAUAUAAACGAUAAAUAGAUAGGUUUAGUUAUGAUCUGCGGCCACCCCUCAUGUUGCUUAGUCAAGUCCCGACUUGACCGUUAUAGGCUGCUUCUUAUUUCGGCUUCGGUAUUUGUCCCCAUAUAGCCUUUUGCACAUUGUGAGCGGAAGCCCGUCAUGUCUCGAGAACUUAGUGCUCAAAUGUUUAACUAGUCCGUUAUCAGAACUUUGGACCGAUUUUUUGCGAAUGUACGGGACUUCAAGUGGUUUAGUUGAUGAAACACAUCGCCACAGCAACGCAUAGCCUUGGGAAUUUCGACCAAGCAUAUCUGCCAUUAAUGUCUUCUGCAAUUAAAAGUAAAACUAAUUCUAAUUCCUUGCUAUUAUCAUUCAUACAAAACUUACUAUGGCUUCCGCUGAUUAAGCUUCUAUAAAUAUCGCUGUAAGAGAUGACACGAAACGUUACUUAAAACCAAACCGGGUUCAGUUUUCUAAAACUAUGUUCCGCAUGAGUACAUUAUUGCAUUUGAUGUUGCUGUGCAAUUUUAUUCACUAGUCAAAAAUAUAUACUUUAAAUGGGAAGAUUCUUAAAAAUAUAUUCAAAAUGUAUUACUAUAUGAUUAAUUUAUGAUUAAGGUUUCUAUGUAUAUUUUUAGUUUAGUUUUAAGCGGUUUGGUUUCGGUGGUGUUUUGCGGCCUGUCCUGCGUUUACGAUUUUUUUUGUUAAUAAAAAAAGUCAUUAUUCCCGGUUUGUCAGAAGUUUCUCCUUAGCUUCCUAUGUUGCGAGGAAACUGAAGGUGUCUACGAUUGUUUUACGUCACGUUAGCAAUAUUAGAUGAAGAAGCAAUGUUCUAAGAGUUACUUUAACAGAAGCUCGCGAUAAAAGUAUUAAGAAAACACCACCGACGGCAAACAAUCGCUUUACACUAUUGCACAUGUAUUCAUAUCAAAUAAAAUAAAUCACCAUAUUAUUGUUUGUUUGUAAGUAAGCACCUUUGGUAUUCCAAAUAUUAAACAUAGCACAAUACGAAACGAAGGGUUUGAGUUUAGAGAAGGUAGGUCUUACUGACUGAGAGCGGGCGCACAAGCGGAGCGGGUGUUGUGAUUUAAAUCAUACUCGAAAUUAUAGAAUGUUUACCAUGGAAACUUGUGGUCAAGGUUGUAUAAACUUAUAUCACGUAAUACUCAAUAAUAUUUAUUAAAAUUUGAAAUUGUCAUAUAAAUAUUUGACUUCUCACGUAAGUAUUUCUUUGUAACUUACUAUUUUUUUUUUGUACCUAUUGUCUCAAAAUAUCAUGUGCCCGAUCCAUAAAUGCUUGUAUAAGGACCACCCUUAAUCUAUGUAUUUCAGACCAUUUAAUUUCUUGAUAUUUUAACGAAAGCAAAUUCACUAGCAUUUGACGGUGACUUAGUACUUCACAAUCUAAUAAACGAAAAGUUAAGCUUAAUAAUUUUAACGAAGUUCUAAAAACGAGCUUAAAAAGGCCCAUAAUGACAAAUAAUAUGAUGAGUGACCGUCAAAUGAAUUAUUUUGAAUGCACGAAUCUUUCAGCAUUGCUCUCUAAAUUAUUUUCAUACCAAAGUUGUGAAAAGACAAUAAGUUGUUUUCGAAAUAAUAUCCUUCCUUGUCACAUUUUGAAUUGUUUCGUCCAAAACGUUUAUGUAUUUAAUACAUACAUGAAAUUGCUACAAAAUUGAGAAUCUAGUGCCAAUGUUUCCUUUACGUUUGAUAUUGAAAUCGGCGUUAGUGUUCUCCGAUCAUUUCCCUAAUCCUUAUUCGAUAAAAUUGACCGAGUAUUAAUGUAUCGAGAGUUUAGUAUCGAUAUAAUGACAAUGAGUGACGAAUGACAGUUGCGAUUGGCGCCAAACUAUCAUCAAUUUUAUCGAAGGAGGUUGUUGUAAUGUAAUUAAUGACCGCAGACGAUACCCUCAUUGUGUGAGUGCGUGUAAUUUUUGUAUUUUUGGAUGUUGUAAACCUACAGAUAUCCUAGCGUUAAGGCUCAAUAUUUGGAGAUAUUUUUAUUAUUUUGCAUUUUUUUAUUAAACUCUUGCUAAAUUA